GAAAAUCUGCACCAAAUCGUACAACUAAAAACAUCCAACAUGAAUAUUCGGUCCCCAGUGAAUUACUUUUUAGAUAUCAAUUAUUCAAAUAAAAUGGUGGGGGAGCCUGUUCUAAUGCACAUACCUUUACCGUCAAGACAAACAAAACUAGAGUCUCAACAACAACAUCAACAGCAUCAACAACAGAAACAUCAACAACAUCAACAUCAGCAACAUCAACAACAACAACCCGGGAGAAGAAGCAGAAGUGAAAGCCGAACAGGUCUGCUGAGUAGUCGGCUAGAGAGUCAGGUGGAGAGAGAGAGAAAAGUAAAGAUAGAACGGGAGAACCAACUUCUCCUCAAGAAAAUUCUAGACUGUCAUCAUGGAGUGGAUAGAAGACGAACUUCAAGUAUACCUCCUCCUCCUUCUAAAGCACCUAGAGCUCCUAGAGGUCGCCGCUGUUUUUCUCCAAUUAAAACAUCAAACCAGGUGAACGAAGCAAGAAGAAGAGAAAAGAGCGAUUAUGAAAAUCUAAUUUUACUUCAAAAAAUACAAAAUGUAAAACCUUCGAGGCUUGUUCAAAAAUCAUUUCAAUAAACUAUACUUUGAUGUUUCAAUAAACUAUACUUUGAUGUUCCAAUAAACUAUACUUUGAUGUUCCAAUAAACUAUU